AUGUCGAGUUGGCUCGAUGCACUUCAAGCCAUUCUAGGAGCCACAGCAUUAGUUUGGUACGUGGUCCUAUGGACAGUGUGCCUCAUUGGAUAUUCUGUGGCAAAGGAACUCUUCGAAUGUUCAUGGCCGCGUUCCCCGCUCUCGUCUGCGAAUCCAACGACAACGGAUGUCCCUGGCGUGUCGAUUCUACGACCACUUGCGGGUCUCGACUGCAAUUUAUUCACAAACUUAUGCUCCACGUUUGAACAGCAGUAUCCAACAGAUCGUUUUGAAAUUAUCUUGAGUGUCAGAAGUGAAUAUGACCAGGCACUGAACAUUGCACGACAAGUAAAAGAACGGUAUCCGCAUAUAUCCAGUACGAUCAUUGUCGGCGAUGUUGAAGCUAGUGUGAAUCCAAAAAUCAACAACCUUGUGCGUUCAUAUGCAGCAGCGGUGUUUGAUAUCAUCUGGGUCGUGGACAGUCAAGUCUGGCUCAGUCCUCAGGCGCUCAGCCGCGCAGUCGAUGCUCUGACCUUGCGGCCUGUGUCGCCUGUGCCACAAUGGAUGCAUCGCAAGCCUAAUGGAGACCGUGUGGGUCUGGUGCACCAUGUGCCUUUGGGUGUGCUGCCAGCAGACACUCUCGCUUCGCAUGUUGAGCGAGUGUUCUUGAGCACGACACACGCAAAGAUGUACCUGGCUAUCAAUGCCGUUGCAAUUGACAGCUGCGUUAUGGGAAAAAGUAACAUGUACCGAAAAAGUGAUCUGGAGUGUGUCCCUGAUUCGUUCUUCCAGUACAAACAUGAUAUUCCCGGUAUAGGGAGUCGUGCUUUUGAUGACGAGAGUACUCGUACAGGCGGCGUUACAGAUAAUGCCCCUAUUGCGCAGUCACUAGACGUUGUUCAUGGAAAUGCCCGGGCUUUGGCUCGUUAUGGCAUUUAUCUUGCAGAAGAUAAUAUGCUUGCAAUGAGCUUAUGGCGACCACCCCUAAAGCUAGCGCACCGGAUAUCGCCCGGCGACGUCGCACAGGUGGCUGUCGGCGAUAUCCAAACAUUAGGUGAGUAUGCGAAACGGCGCAUGCGGUGGAUUCGAGUGCGCCGACAUAUGGUGCCACUCGCCACAUAUUUGGAGCCAUUUACAGAAAGCCUAGUCGCGGGCGGCCUGGCUUGGUACGGUUUGCGCAUGUAUGUAUUGCGUGGGUGGAUUCUUGGCUCAAGCAUCCAGACAUGGAUUGCUUUUUCCCUUUUUUUUCCUCCUACAUCUAACGGCGUGGUAUUGGGUCGAUAUGAGUGUGCUCGUGGCACUUAG